UCGCGUCGCGACAGUCGCGAGGGUGGACUCCGUCGGGCAGUCCUCAGCAAUUUCCAAAAGAGACAGAAUAGUCGUGUUUGCGCUUGGUGGUGGUGGGUGACUUCUACGCUGGUUCCAGAAACGAACCCUUAUCUCGGUGUUUAAAACAGGCUUCUGAAGUGAUGCGUACAAGCUUAAUUUGGAACGCGACUUUCGGUGUUUUACUAAGGCCAGUGUCUCAUCGUCAGGUGGGCGAACCUGCGUCGAGGAAAACUUGGACAAACGUUUAGUUGUGAUUAGUGUCCCACGAUGAAAGUCGAUCGUUUCUCGAUAACUCGCAUCAGCAAUCGCAUUCUGGGCACCUUCACCGGCGGCAGAAGCAACAAUGCCAACAUCAGCAACACUAACAACAACAGCUCAACGCUGCAACCGUCGGCUACUUUCACCAUCAGUGGGACGGAUGGCGGUUCCACGGUGGACAUCGACAGCUAUACCGUCUCCUCGGUGGGUUCUGAUGACAACGGGCGGCGGUACAGCUACAAUCAUCUGACGAGAGAACCUCUGCCACGAUUGGAAUACUACCGAACAUCAAAACGUGGCCUGAAACGGCCAUCGAUUGGAGAGCUACAUGGAGACCUCGACAGAAAGCCGGAAAAGCAAGAGGAGGAGGAAAAACCGGACGCCCACGGCCAUGGCAUCAAGCUGGGAUGGAUCGAGGGCGUGCUGAUCCCGUGCCUGCUCAACAUCUGGGGCGUGAUGCUCUUUCUGCGGCUCAGCUGGGUCGUCUCACAAGCUGGGAUCGUCGAGUCGCUGAUCAUCAUUGGCAUCUCGUACCUGGUGUGCGUCAUUACGGCCCUCUCGCUGUCGGCCAUCUGCACCAACGGGCAGGUCAAGGGCGGUGGCAUUUACUAUCUCAUUUCGCGCUCGCUGGGACCGGAAUUUGGCGCGUCGGUUGGGGUGGUGUUUGCCUUUGCCAACUGCGUCCAGGCCGCGCUCAACACGAUCGGGUUCUGCAGCUCGCUGAACGAUUUGCUGAAAUCCUACGACACUAAAAUCGUCGACGGAGGAGUAAACGACGUGCGGAUCGUGGGUUCGAUCGCGAUCGUCGUGAUGGUGAUCAUCUGCGCCGUCGGCAUGGAGUGGGAGGCAAAGGCGCAGAACUUUCUGAUCGUCGCCAUUGUGAUCGCCAUUUUCAACUUCCUGAUCGGAGUUGUGGUCGGACCAGGUUCGGACGCAUCGGUGGCGCAAGGGUUCAUGGGAUUCUCGUCGGCGGUCUUUCAAGCGAACAUGAAGCCGGACUACCGGUUCAGCGAAAACUCCCAGCAGUCUUUCUUCAGCGUCUUUGCGAUAUUCUUUCCGAGUGUGACGGGCGUCCAGGCUGGCGCGAAUAUCUGCGGCGACCUGAAGGAUCCCGCCAGUGCCAUUCCGAAGGGCACCCUGCUGGCGCUGCUCAUCUCGGCGAUCUCGUACGUGACGUUUGUGUUUUUCGCUGGUGGAGCUGCCCUGCGGGACGCUUCCGGCAACAUUACCGACCUCGUCAACGGGACGUUCGUGACGUGCACGGCGGAAAGUAACUGCGCAUACGGACUGCACAACGACUACACGGUGAUGCAGCUGAUGUCGCUGUCGUCGGCUAUUAUCUACGCGGGAUGCUUCGCGGCGACGCUUAGUACCGCUCUGACCAAUCUCCUCUCGGUUCCGAGGAUCAUCCAGGCGCUGGGUAUCGAUCGCAUCUACCCGGGACUGAUUUUCUUCUCCAAGGGUUACGGCAAGCACGGAGAGCCAUACCGUGGUUACGUGCUGGUACUCAUCGUGUCCGUACUGUUCGUGCUGAUCGCGGACAUCAACGCUAUUGCUCCUCUGAUCUCCAACUUUUACUUGGCUUCGUACGCGCUGAUCAAUUUCUGCACGUUCCAUGCGGCUACGGUGAAGCCUCUCGGCUGGCGACCUACGUUUCGGUUCUACCAUCCGUGGAUCAGCUUGCUCGGUUCGAUCAUGUGCAUCGUGAUCAUGUUCCAGCUGAACUACAUGUUUACGAUCGUGACGGUUACGAUCAUCUUUGUGCUUUAUCUGGUGGUCGUCUAUCGUAAUCCGGACGUCAACUGGGGUUCAUCUACCCAAGAGCAAAUCUACAAAAGCGCCCUCUCCUCUACGCUCAAGCUGCAAAACAUUGGCGAUCACGUCAAGAACUACCACCCGUCGAUUCUUGUGCUUGCGGGUAACCCGAUGAAUCGACCACCUCUCAUCGACCUUGCUAACCUCAUCACCAAGAACCACUCGCUGAUGAUCGUUGGCGACAUCAUCAAAGAACGUCUCUCACAUCGCAAGCGCAAGCAACUCAACUCCGAGUGCACCAAGUUCCUGGAGAUUCGCAAGAUUCGCGGCUUCUACCAACCCAUCGACGGAAUGUCCAUCGAGGAGGGCGUUCACGCGUUGAUCCAAACCUCGGGCGUGGGCAAGCUCUCGCCCAACAUUGUCCUGAUGGGCUACAAGGCCGAUUGGAUGACCUGCCCGGUGAAGGAUCUGCUCACGUACUACAACGUCCUGCACGAUUCCUUCGAUUGCCGGAUGUCUCUGGCGAUCUUGCGACUACCGAACGGGUUGGACUUUUCCCACCUUACCACCGAGAUCGUAGCGGAACCUGCCGGAAUGCCAGCUGCCGUCGGUAGCAACUCCAACUUCCAAACCAUCUCGACCGUCCUCACCGACGGACUGCGCCCACCGCGCAAGCUCAUGCACGUCGACUCGAACCUCAACCUGGACUCGGCGAACGGCAGCAACGACAACACGCUCACCAUUCCGCAGCAAGCUCCCUUGCCGAACCGGCGUACGCUCGAGGCCCAACGGAACAGCAUCGUCUACUCGACGCGAGGGGGCUCGAGCGUCCCGAAGGAGAUCCUGGACCGGCUCAGCGUGUUCCAGAAGAAGCAAUCCAAGGGCACCAUCGACGUCUGGUGGCUGUACGACGACGGCGGUCUCACGAUGCUCGUUCCGCACAUCAUCUCGCUCCGGUCCAAGUGGUCCCAGUGCAAGAUCCGCGUGUUUGCCCUCACCAACCGCCAGAUGGAGUUGGAGGUGGAAGAGCGAAACAUGGCGAACCUCCUCACCAAGCUACGCAUCGACUACUCCUCGCUGACGAUGCUGCAGGGCGUAACGAAUGCGCCGCGUCAGGAAACCGUAGAAAUGCACCAGCGGCUGCUGCAGCACUUUACCGAAAGUGACGGCACCCAGAUACCGAUUGGCGAGCACGAGCGGGUGGCGCUGCAGGAGAAGACGAGCCGUCAGUUGCGGCUGCGCGAAAUGCUGCUGGAACACUCGAACGGGGCGAACCUGAUCGUGAUGUCGAUGCCGAUGCCGAGGCUGGGAACCGUUUCCGCUCCGUUGUACAUGUCUUGGCUGGAAAUGCUCACGAAGGAUAUGCCACCGUUCCUGUUGGUGCGCGGCAACCAGACGUCCGUGCUCACGUUCUACUCCUAAAUUUUGAUGCUGUUUUAGCUGUGCAAAAAAUCGUUAUCAGUAUUAUUGCUUUUUUUUUUUUGUUUAUUAGGAUUAGUUUAAAAUAUUUCACGUUUAAGUGCCAAAUGUAGACUAUGAAAAAGUGUU